GAUACUCGACAGGGCUGCGUGCACAACACGCGCUAAGACAACACAAAAAAGGUAAACACGAAAUGGCUGUCGAUUUGGGUUUUGCUGAACAAGUGGAUAAUACGGCCUGGCUAAGCAAUCGCUACUUUCCCAGCAAACUGGGUGGACGGCCCGCCUGGCUUGAGUUGGAUGCGCUGCCAGCGACAGCUCAGCUGCAGUGCCAGCAAUGCCAAGCGCCACAGGCAUUCCUCUGUCAGCUUUAUGCGCCAAAGGAGGACGAAUUUAAUUUCCAUCGCAGCAUUUAUGUGUUCCUUUGUCGCAAUCCCGACUGCCAGCAGCCCAACAAGGCGCACAAUUUUAAAGUGUUGCGUUCACAGCUGCCGCUGAAAAACAGAUUCUACUCGGAUCAGAGCCCAUCGGAAGAAGGCGAGCCCUUGCCUGCCAUCGACAGCCUGAAGAAAUUGUGUGCCGCCUGCGGCUGUUUGGGACCGCACACCUGUAGUCGCUGCAAGUCCAUCAAUUACUGUUCCUCCACUCAUCAGCGAGCCCACUGGCCCCUGCACAAACCCAAUUGUGGCAUUGACAAGGCAGCCGCUGCUAACAAAGCACUACCCCAGCUGCAAUUUCCCGAAUAUGAAAUCGUGGAGAGCGAUCCAACGAGUGAACCAAGUGCUGUAGCGGAUAAGGACGAAGCGACUUGCUUAGCAGAAUUCGAGCAAUUGUCGGCCAAUGGCAAAGCUGGCGAACUGAGCGAUGUUCCCGAAAGGGAGCUAGAUAAAUACUUUGGCAGCUCGGCUGCCGCAGAGGAUAAAUCCUUUGAGCACUUCAAGCAGCUGACUGCCGCUCAUCCGGAGCAAGUAGUACGCUACAGAAGCGGAGCAGGCGCACCGCUAUGGAUAGCUAAUGUCGAGAACACGAUUGCCAGCCAGUUGGCCGCUGUGCCCAAUUGCAGUCAUUGUGGCAGUGUGCGUCAAUUUGAGUUCCAAAUAAUGCCACAGAUGUUGACACUGCUCAACGACGAACGCUUGGAUUGGGGCAUCUUGGCGGUGUACACAUGUGCGCGCAGUUGUCCAAUUGAUGGUUAUGUGGAGGAACAUAUCAUCAAACAGGACAUUGUUGCGUAACCAUCUCAAAUGUAAUAUAUUAUUAUAAAUAAUAAAGUACAUUAUAAGGUGUG